UAUUUAUCGUCAGCUGCUGGAUUACCAUGUGAGAUUGAUCCUGCCUUAGUGGUAGCUCUUUCCUCACAAAAAUCAGAAAAAAUUAGUCCAGAAGAAGAAUAUAAAAUCGCCUGCCUCCUCAUGGUCUUUGUAGCAGUUUCUUUGCCAACACUGGCCAGUAAUGUGAUGUCUCAGUACAGCCCUGCUAUAGAAGGACACUGCAACAAUAUACAUUGUUUGGCCAAAGCCAUCAACCAGAUUGCUGCAGCUUUGUUUACAAUUCACAAGGGAAGUAUCGAAGACCGUCUUAAAGAAUUCCUGGCGCUUGCAUCAUCUAGUCUGCUGAAGAUUGGCCAGGAGACAGAUAAAACUACAACAAGAAAUAGAGAAUCUGUUUAUUUACUACUAGAUAUGAUUGUACAGGAAUCACCAUUCCUGACAAUGGAUCUCUUGGAAUCUUGUUUUCCUUAUGUGUUGCUGAGAAAUGCAUACCAUGCUGUCUACAAACAAAGUGUUACAUCUUCUGCAUAAAAUAUCUACUUAUUCAAGACAAGCACGCAUUUUUUUGUUGCCUUGGUUUUAUCUGUAAACUGUGGAACUAUUUUACUUUAAAGCCUGAAAAACAGUUUUGUGGAUUCUAAAUUUUUUUCAUACAGUCGUAUUUUCUGUUCAUUGGUUUCUUAAUAUGGUUGUACUACAGUAUGCUUGGUUGAUUUAGGUUGCACAUUCACUGAAUUCACUGAAAUCUAUCUAUAAUUUUAGAGUAUCGUUUGUUUGAAAUACAUAACAUCUAUGUUUUUGAUAUCUAAUAAUGAAAAAAAUUGCUUGUUUAUUUCUGGAAAAGAAUUGUAUUUAGUGAUUAUUUUAGAUAGUGAUAUAACAUUCAUCUGUGUGUAAAUUAUUUCAUAUAGGGAAGAGUUCUGAUCUGUAUCUAUGGUUCUUAUUGAAAACAAAAUUGGAUGUGCAUAUCUGUGAUGCUAUGAAUACAUUUCUACUUUAUUUUGAAACAUUUGCCAAACUAAAUAUUCUAACACUGUUUAACAUUAAAAAUGUUAAAAGACUGCUUAGCAUUUGAAGCAGAUCAUGUUCUGAAACUCUAAAACAGCAGCAUAUGUUGUUGCUUGUAUAAAGCCUCGUAAUGAUUCUAGACUAAUUCUCAUGGUGCCCUGUUGGCAUUAGCACUACCAUUGUACCCUGCUGUAUGAUAAACAACUUCAGACAUUUAUCAACUGUUGAUACAAAUGUUAGUCCCUAACCACUUUUUAUAUGUUUUAAAAUUUUGAAAUUCAAGUGUCCCUGCCAUAACAUAAAAUAAACACUAGACUAUCACAUUGAGUGAUUUCUUUAAGAUCUUUGGAAAUCUAUUCAGCAAUAUGAAAUUUUUAGUUUAAAUUAAUCUUACAGUGUUUUCUAGCAGAUCAACUAUUACAAGAUUUGUUUAAAUAUUUUGGAAAAUUCCACUGGAAAAAAAUACUGAAAUUAGAAAGUCAAACUACAUGACAUUGUUUAAAAGUUAAUAAAAGAAAACUUAUGUGCCAUCAGCUUGCAGAUUAUAUCUGUUGCCAAAUGAGUUAUCAAAGAAUGAGGAAAAUGAGUGACCAUAGAACUAGUGUUAGUCAAUCAUGAGUGGGAAACCCAGGAAGAGCCUUUUGCUUUGUGGUUGGCACGGAGAGCAGAGAAGUACAUUUAGUUUGAAAAGUAACAAAUGUUUUGCCUUUUGAUUGGCAUUAUAAGACUAUGUCAAGAACUUUGUGUCUGGAUAUCACAAAGAACUGCUGUUCACAGCUUCUUAUAACCACUGGUAACCUCUGUUGAAAGCUAUGAACCCAGUUAUAUUGUUCUUCCUUUGUUCAGAUAGAGUGGGAUAUAAUCAUGGUGCCACAGAUUAUUGUGCUUUUUUUUUGUAUAUGGUUUGUCAUUUGUAUUUAAAGCAAGAGAUCGUAGUUCCAUAAGGAUCUUUUUUUUUUUCCUUUCUUAUAAGUUAUUUUUAUCUAUCUCUGGCUGCAGUGCUAAGAAUAAAUGUUGUUUGCUUCAAAAUACUCUAUUAGGCCAUGAAUGACUGAGAAGGUGAAGGUGCUUGCCACCAAGCCUAAUGACCUGAGUUUGAUCCCUGGGACCCACAUGGUGGCAAGAGAGAACCAGUUCCUGCAGCUUGUGAUCUGACCUCCAUACACAUACUGUGGCACGAGACACCCCCCACCCAUAAACACACACAUACAUUGAAGGAAGAAAAUAAAAAUUUAAAAAUAAAUAUUACAUUGUCAUUAGUAAUCCAUUUCAUGCGUGAUAAACUCUAGAAUCUUUCAUUUGUAAGAAAGUUUUCAGCCUACUAUUACAGCCUAAAAGUAACAGAAUAGGAUAAAUUGGCAAUUUAAAGUCACAAAACCUAGCCACAGAGCACCAUGUCUUGCUUCUGGUUUAGAUGUGUGGCGCCACCCUCCCUGUACCUUCUUUCUCUUAACUUCAAGUGUGAGAUGGAAGGAUAUGUUACUGGUUAACCUGGCCAGUGUAUAUCCUGGAGAUGAGGCUGUGCAGGUGUACAACCUUUGUAAUUACCAAAUCUUAACCUGAAUGUGACUAGUUAACAUUCGUUGUUUACUUUUAAAUAUGUAGCUUGACCAAAUGCUCAGUCGCUGAGUCUUAAAAUCAAUAUUUGGCCAAGGCUUAAAAUGAAGAUUAUCACUGGAUAAGCUUUUAGAAUACACAAAUAAAUAUGAAAUUUUAUCCAA